GAACGGGGCCACUCCCCAAAUUACGAUACCGUCUAACGACUCAAGCCGCAGGAUCGAGCGAGGGGAGGGAGCGAGCGAGAGAGAGAGAGGAAGAGAGAUCUUCUUCUGCAAAUUUUAGGGUUUUGGAUUGGUCAGGUCAGUGAGCGCCAGAAAAAGUUAAAACCACAACUUUUUUUUAUAGUUCUUGUCAAUUACUACUACAAUUGAUCAGCUGUUUUUAAAAUAAACUUUUUUUUUUCAAAAAAAAAAUGGUGAAUUUGAUUUCGUAUUUGGUGAUGAUUGUGUGUGAGAAAGAGCGUGUGCUUAUUGUGUGCAGGAAGAGGAGGAGAAAGAGGAAGAGACAGAGUGUGAGAGAUUUAUUAAGAGAGGAUUUGUGAGAGCUUUUAUUUUGAGUGUGUUAGAGAUUUCAACGACUUUCAUUUCUCAGCUCAAAUUCUCCGAUUUUCUCCAUGGACCGGAAGCUUGUGGUUUUGGGAAUCCCGUGGGAGGUGGAUACUGAAGGUUUGAGGGAAUAUAUGAGUAAAUAUGGUGAUUUGGAGGAUUGUAUUGUGAUGAAGGAGCGAUCCACAGGCCGAUCUCGUGGUUUUGGUUAUGUAACAUUUGCAUCAGCUGAUGAUGCUAAGAAUGUACUAUCAACUGAGCAUUUUCUUGGGGAGAGAAUGCUGGAAGUUAAAAUAGCUACUCCAAAGGAGGAGAUGAGAGCACCUGUAAAGAAAGUAACCAGGAUAUUUGUGGCCAGGAUUCCACUAUCAGUGGAAGAAUCAACCUUUCGGAGUCAUUUUGAGGAGUAUGGUGAGAUAACAGAUUUAUACAUGCCGAAGGAUCAAUUCUCAAAAGCUCACCGUGGAAUUGGCUUUAUAACUUUUGCUAGUGCAGAUUCGGUGGAGAAUCUGAUGGCUGACACUCAUGAACUGGGAGGUUCUACGGUAGUAGUUGACCGAGCAACACCCAAGGAAGAUGACUUCAAACCAAUAGGCAGAAUGUCACAGGGGGGAUAUGGUGCAUAUAAUGCUUACAUUUCUGCUGCCACUAGAUAUGCUGCACUUGGUGCUCCUACCUUGUAUGACCAUCCUGGUCCAAUGUAUGGAAGAGGAGAAUCCAGCCGAGGGAUGGGAAAAAAGAUAUUUGUUGGUAGGCUCCCUCAGGAGGCUACUGCUGAUGAUCUUCGCCAGUAUUUUGGUAGAUUUGGUCGUAUAAUAGAUGUUUAUGUUCCUAAGGACCCCAAGAGAUCUGGCCACAGAGGUUUUGGUUUUGUAACUUUUGCCGAAGAUGGAGUUGCAGACAGAGUAUCUCGUAGGUCUCAUGAGAUCUGUGGACAACAGGUGGCAAUAGAUUCAGCAACACCUGUUGAUGAUGCUGGCCCUAGUUUCAUGAUGAACCCUACUGGGCCAUUUAGAGGCUUUGGUGGUCCAAUGCGCCCCUUUGGUAGAAUGUAUGGAGGCCUGCCUUUUGAUGAUCAGUGGGGUUACCCAAUUGGGAGUGCAAGGCCAUCGAGAGCAGACUGGCGAUACCGACCAUACUAAAAACUGGCCAUUGUAUUGCUCUGGAGAUCUUGCUGGGAUGUCAAUUGUUGAACUUCUUAAAUUAUCUAGAUUAUUGCCUGAUGUCAUUGUCAGUAUUUUUAUCUUGAUUAUAAAUCAUGUCAUAUGGAGCGUUACUUUUCAGUUUGUGUAAUAAAUAUUCCAGUUGACGUCUCACUAAUUAUUGUAUCUGAACACUGCAAGGUAUCAGUUUUAACCGAACUUUUUCAUUCCCCAA